CGCCGAUCUAACAGUACCCAUUACGCCAAGUUCACUCUUCAUUGCCUUUGCAUUUUGGGUUUUUUCAAAAAAGUUUAACGACUUUUUUUUCACUCCCAAUGUAAAGAUUUGGAUGCGGUUCUCCAUAGUAGCGUACUUUUUUUCUUUCUCUUAUCUUUUUUUUUACGACGAGCGGAUUAUAACCAAAUAGUAUAUUCUGACAGAAAACCUGUUAAACCACAAAUUGCACGUAGGACAGUUAGGUCCACAAUCUUUCAUCCUCCUUGCGCAUCCUCAAUGUGAUCGCGCAUCCAGAAUCAGACUACUUUGUCUACGGGAAUGUUUGGAAACUGACCUCAACAACGAAUAACCCAACAUCCGACUACCCUUUUGUUUUGUCUGGCCAGGGGCAUCACUGUGUAGAGAAGUCAUUUCAAAUUAUUUGGGAAUGUGAGACAGCACUGAAUUAGUUUUUCCAUUUCGUUUUUGGAAGGAAUAUAACUUUUACUGGUGGAAAAAGAUGGCGAGGUUUUUGAUGAGCAUGUCUCUUGCUCUUGUUUUUGUGGGGUUCUUGGUUUUUACUUUACCUUAUGCAAAAGGACAGACGGAGGUACAAGACGAAGAGGAGGAAAGUACUUGUCAAGGUGCUUUCGACUUGUAUUUUGUGCUUGACAAAUCUGGCAGUGUCAAGAACCACUGGAAAGAUGAAAUCUACCCCUUCGUGGAGCGUCUGGCUAUGAAGUUCAUCAGCCCCAUGCUCAGGAUGUCAUUCAUCGUCUUCUCAACCCGAGGAAACACCAUCAUGAAACUGACAGAGAACAGACAGGAGAUAAGGAAGGGUUUGAAUGUGCUGAGUAAAGAGGUGCCAGGGGGAGACACCUUCAUGCACCUGGGUUUGGAGAAGGCAAAUGAACAGAUCCACCAGGAAAACUUUAGGACAGCCAGUGUCAUCAUCGCGUUGACUGAUGGAGAGCUAAACGAAUAUCAGCUGGACACUGCUCAGCAGAAGGCAGUGGAAGCUCGAUCUCUGGGAGCCAUUGUGUACUGUAUUGGAGUUAAAGACUUCAAUGAGACACAGCUGGCCACCAUUGCAGACACGAUUGAACAUGUGUUUCCUGUGACGGGGGGGUUCCGUGCUCUCCAAGGAGUAAUCAACUCGAUCAUCAAGAAGUCCUGCAUCGAGAUUCUAGCAGCCGAACCAUCCAGUGUGUGUGCAGGAGAGUCAUUCCAGGUGGUUGUGCGGGGUAACGGGUUCCUUCAUGCCAGAAACACUGAGCAGGUGCUGUGCAGCUUCAAAGUCAACGACACCCUCACCAUCAAUGAAAAGCCUGUUACUAUUCAGGACACGUACCUGCUGUGUCCUGCCCCUGUCAUAGACGAGAUCGGGAAGGUUAUCUAUCUCCAAGUGAGCAUGAAUGAAGGAUUGUCUUUCAUCAGCAGUAAUGUCCACAUCACAACUACAGAGUGUUUUGAUGGAACCAUCCUUCUGAUUACCCUGCUGGUCCUGUUCCUGCUGCUGGCUAUGCUCUUCAUGUGGUGGUUCUGGCCGCUGUGCUGCACAGUGGUGAUCAAAGAACCCCUUCCUCCUCCCCCUCCAGAGCCCGAGUCUGAUGAUGAGGAUGGGAUGCCCAAGAAGAAGUGGCCCACCGUGGACGCCUCCUACUAUGGAGGGAGAGGGGUGGGAGGCAUCAAAAGAAUGGAGGUGCGCUGGGGUGGGAAGGGAUCGACCGAGGAGGGGGCUAAGCUGGAGAAGCCUAAGAACGCCGUGGUCAAAAUGCCGGAGCAGGAGUUUGAACCCUACGAGCCCAAACCCAAGAAAAAUCACAACAGGAAACCGGCCCAGGACAGGAAAUGGUACACGCCCAUACAGGGUAAACUGGAUGCCAUUUGGGCUCUAUUUCGUCGUGGUUAUGACCAGGUCUCUCUGAUGAGGCCCCAGCCCGGAGAUCAUGGCCGUUGCAUCAACUUCACCAGAGUGAAAGAGGAGGCGGCUGCAGCAAAAGCUGCCCCAAAGGCUCCCAGCCCCACCCCUCCUCCACCUGACUACCGCCCUGUGAUCCAGCCCACCACGCCCCCUCCUCAGACCAGCCUUCCCCCACGGUCUCCGCCCGUAAACAACCUUCCCCCAGGACCACCUCCCUCUCGUACCCCCCCUGGACCCCCCUGCCCCCCUCCCUCACGCCCCCCACCUUCCCUCAGCAACAAGCCGUGAGACGAGAGAGAGAUAGGCACCCCACUCCAGUAAGCACAGUCCACCUUGCCAAAGUGCCAAAGAUGCUCCCUCUCACACUUUACAAGUAUUUAUUGGAGCCUGGGGUGUGGUUGGAAAUGUGUGGUUUGUUGCUGGACAGCAAAGUAUGUAGUAAUAGGAGGGAAACAAGAUACUAUACUGCAAUGAACAAAUUGUUUUUUUUUUAUCAACUACUGAGUAUCCAAUGGUGUUAAGAGGUGAAGGUUACAGUAGACCUGCAUGUGAAUCUCUUUCAGGCCAUUUUCAAGGCAGUAUGAAUUCGAUUUUCUCCAUUACUAAGAUUCAAAUCAGAAUCGUCUUAAAUCAUCAGGUGACGUUGGCAUGUUAUCGGGUGUUGACAAACCAUUGAAAAUGAAGUUGAAUUUGAGCUUUUUGUCAUGAAUUUUUUGUAUGGUAUAUGAAUGCUUAAAUGAUUAAUUAUUCUGCCGAAAUGUUUAAAAAAAUCAAGAGAACACAAGGUAUCUCCGUCCUCAAAUUUCAUUUGUGUCUCUGCUAUGACACCCCCCUCGACUCUUUUUAGUCUCAUACUCAGGAUUGAAACACAAGAGGGGUUAAAUCUUUCCUCUAGGUACAUCUAUGUCCCCAAUAAAACAGGGAUGAAUCUAAACGCAAGGAGAUGUUUGUAGAGAUAUCACCAAAUAUUUUGUGGUCCAUAUCAUUGAGGCUUUGGAUGUGUCCUUUAUUUAGUUCCGAUAGAAUACAGCCUGCAGGUAUAUCUUUAUCAAUAUUGGCAUCUGUGCACAUAGAAUGCAGUUCAUAGAUAAUAUUAUAGUUGUUUUCCUUUUGUUCAUUCUCUUUCCUAUCGCUUUUGAAACAACCAGAGUCAGGUCAUCAUCUCUCAAACACAUUCCCAAACCUGUACUGUACUAUGAUGGCAUUGUAUUGUUUACCUUUUUUUACAACGAAAUCAACGGUCACAUUGCAACUGCAGGGCAGUUCACAGCAUCUAAUUUAUUAACCCCCGGGGGCAUGACGAGGGUACUUGAAAUACGACAAGGUGUCCAACUUCCAAGACGGACACUGUGCACAAAGUUAGAUACACAACUAUCCACAAAACUUCAUUACCCAGAGUUCCUCAACCCCUGUUAGUCUAUAGUCCUGCUCUAGUCUAUAUGUUGUUGGAAUGUUACUGAUCAGACAGUCAGUAAGGUUCGUUGGUCCGUUUCGAACUGUGUAAUAACUGUCUGUGACCGUGUAAUUACCAUGUUGUGUCAAUAUGAUGUUGUGUCAGCGUCAUUGUGCCAAUGUUGUAAUUACUGGAGUAAUUACAGUUAUUAUUGUGACUAAACAUGGAUAGAGCUGAAUCAUCUGUUAGCAGUUUGAAUGAAUUGAAAUGAUGGUACAGUAAGAGGUUGAGAAACACUGGAGUGCUAUUCUACACACAGUGCCUAUUUUCUUUCAUACUUUUAUACUCUGUUUGUAUAUUGUACUUCAUUCCAUUAUGUCUUAUACCAUAGUGUUACUAUUAGUCCCUUUGAUGUUUUGUAGCACUGCUGAAAGCUAUUGAUGAGAAGACGUGCAUUUGUUUAGUCAUUUUGUUAAUUGGUAAUAGUGAAACACACAAAUCAAGUUCUACACAGUAUAUCAAUAUGCGAUUAUGCCACGAUCAACGGCCUUAAUUUGUGAUAUGAACAGAUAUUUUUCCAGAAGCCCAAUUCACCCCAGACUUUGCGAAGAAACAGUGUCAAAUAAACCUGCCUAAAGUUUUUUCAUGUAUGUUCCUUUUAACAUCCCUGCUUCAGUAUGCCCAUCACCAGGACCUUUCCUUAGCUGUGUUCUGAUAAAAAAAAGCUAAAAGAUGCAUUUAUGUUUAUCCUUGUAAUUGUACAUUCUAUGAACAGUGGUACUGUUAUUAUGGAAAGACGUAUAAAAUGUUUUCUUUUGACUUGCCUUUUAAACAGUUUUAAUAAAGGUUGACUUCCAAGCGUCUAACUGA